AUGGUUCACCGACAGCCCUCUACUGCGCACCCAGGACGAACCAAGACAGAAACUCUGGUUAAGAACCGAUACUGGUGGCCAGGCUGGCGCCACGAUGUUAAGCGAUACGUGGCCAAUUGCUUGAUAUGUAAUCGAACUACUACUAGAAGGGAUCUGCCCCCAGGGUUGCUUCAACCCCUCGAUAUCCCGAAUCGCCCCUGGGAGCAUAUCUCUAUGGACUUUCGCUCCUGCCCGAAGGACAAGCACGGCUUUGAUGAAGCCUGGCAGAAGCCCUUCAUGAAUGGCCAUACGGAGAUCGUUAAUCAAUAUUUCGCCCAAAAGCUCCGUCCUUUUGUGAAUUACUAUCAAGAUAACUGGUCAGAGCUGUUGCCGGCUAUAGAUUUCGCCUACGCCGUCCUCGAACAUGAGACAACCGGGUUAUCCCCCUUCCAGGUUGAGCGUGGCUACGAACCCCGGGUCUCCUUUGACUGGGUCUCGCCCUCGAAACCUCGGGAUAGACCUCAUGAUCAAGCUGAAGCUCGCCAGACUGCUCGCAAUUUAGAACAGAUCUGGGACUACGCUAAGGGUCAAAUUGAACUAGC